AUGAUGAGACUCAAAAAGAUAUUAACUUUCUCACUUGUUCUAAUUGCAUUUGGAAUUUUCUGCAGUGUUAUUAUUAAACGGAGUAGCAUUCAGCAUAUGUAUUCAUAUGUCAGAGAAUAUACAGGUUCCUAUAAUACAAGUCCAGAGGAUGUCUUAAGACAUGGUAAUAGUAUCAUAUUUAUGGAGACAAGUAACAGAACAGAGCUACCAUCCUUAAUACUAUGUGCAAUAGAGUCGGCUGCUCGAGUAUAUAAUAACAGGCCAGUAGUUUUCUUCAUGAAAGAAUUGUCUGAAAUAAAUUCUAUCGAAGAUGAGAGGAUAGUACGUAGGAGAUACCCAACACUCUCAGCUUUUCAAAAUGUCUACUUCUUCCCUUUAAAGCUGAAAAAAAUAUUUAAGGAUACACCUCUUCUCAAUUGGUAUCAAAAGAUUAAUGAAAAAAAGCAACCGUACUUACUAAACAACUAUUCAAAUGGUGGUAGAUUGGCCCUUAUUUGGAAAUAUGGGGGCAUUUAUAUGGACACAGACAUAAUUUCCAUUCGACCUGUUCCAGAAGACAACUUCCUGACAGCACAGGCUCAAGAAGGGUUAAAUAACGCUGUUUUAGGACUAUCUGCUCAUCACAAUUUCACAUGGAACAGCAUGGAGGAUUUUGUGGAGAACUACAAAGGAAAUGUGUGGGGAAAUCAAGGUCCCAAACUGUUUACGCGGGUUCUGAAGAAAUUUUGUAACAUUUCUAGAUUUGAAAGUGUACAAGAUCAUGUAUGUAAAAAUGUCUCCUAUUUAUACCCACAGCGUUACUAUCCUAUCCCGCAUGCAUCUUGGAAGAAAUAUUAUCAGGCAUGGGAAAAGUUUCCAACAUUUAAUAAUAGCUAUGCUUUGCAUAUCUGGAAUAAAAUGAAUAAACAGAAAGAAACGAUGGUACCUGGGAGUAAAACACUGAUGGAACAUCUCUACCAACAGUAUUGCCCAACCACAUAUGGAGCUAUUGCGAGAAAUGAAAGUAUUUAUACUUUCAUCAAUUUACAUCAAUUUAUAUAGCAAAUAUCUAUAUAUCUAUAAAAAUGGAUAUCUAGAUAGAUACAUCUAAAUGCAAAGACUAACGUACAGUGUAU